CCUUUCUCAAAGGGCUCAGCUCUGACAGUGGAUCCUGUGGCUGAAGCCAGGAAAUGACUUGUUGGAGUAGGCUAUCCGUGAACAGUGAUGUGCAAAUAUCUCCCAUCAGGAUCAAAGCCUAAACAUGACUGUUUCGUACUCGCUUGAAGUGGCCAAUGCCAGGUUUCAUGGAUUCUCCAGGCUGCUGUUCAGGUGGAAGGGAAGCAUCUACAAGCUGAUGUAUAAGGAGUUCCUGGUUUUCUGUGCAGUGUAUCUGUUUUUCAGUGUGUUUUACAGGUUCCUCCUCACGCCAAGGCAGCAGGAUCUGUUUGAGCGGGUCGCUCUUUACUGUGAUCAGUUCACCAACACAAACUUCAUCCCUGUUCUGUUUGUCCUUGGAUUUUAUGUGAACCAGGCCUUCACCCGUUGGUGGGGUCAGUACACAAGUUUCCCUCUGCCGGACAACCUGAUGAUGGUGGUGUCAGGAAACGUGCACGGUGCCGACGAGAGGGGUCGUCUGCUGCGACGGACCCUCAUGAGAUACGCCAACCUAUCUUCAGUCCUGAUCCUGCGCUCCAUCAGCACCAGAGUCCGCAAACGUUUCCCCACAUUAGAGCACAUCGUGGAGGCAGGUUUCAUGACAACACACGAGCUGAAGAAUUUUGAGUCUCUGCACUCUGAUUUCAACAAGUACUGGAUGCCCUUGACGUGGUUCUCGAACCUGGCAGCCCAAGCCAGACAGGAGGGCCGAGUCAGGGACGACAUCGCUCUCAGGUUGCUGAUGGACGAGCUCAACAACUACCGAGCCAAGUGCAGUCUGCUGUUCCACUACGACUGGAUCAGCAUCCCUCUGGUCUACACUCAGGUGGUGACCAUUGCAGUUUACUCAUUUUUUGCCUUCUGCGUGAUUGGCCGACAAUUUUUAAACCCAGAGAAGGGCUACAGCAGUCACAGAUUUGACAUAUACAUCCCUGUUUUCACCCUGCUGCAGUUCUUCUUCUACACCGGCUGGCUAAAGGUAGGAGAACUCAUCAUCAACCCUUUUGGCGAAGACGAUGAUGACUUUGAAACCAACCAGCUGAUUGACCGAAACAUUCAGGUUUCAAUGCUGGCUGUGGACGACAUGUACCAGAACCUGGCUCCGAUUGUGAAGGACAAACACUGGAAGAAUAGCCUCUUUUCAGUCCCUUACACCCAGUCGACAGCAGCGGAGAUGCUCAGACCAGCGUUCAAAGGCUCCACUUUUGAUAUGAGAGUGAGUGCCGAAGAUCUUGAGAUUCAUCAGCCAACAGACGUGCCUGUUAACAUGCAGUAUUUACCUUUGCGGGCCUCUCUGGCAGACGGGUUGGACAGCUUCUCUCAGAAGAGUAAGGGCAUCCAGCGCAGCGGGAGUCUCCCUUACCUAUUGGAUGUGGUGACUCAGCACGAGGAAGAUGAGGCUGUUGAAGCCAAACCAGACACAAAUCCCAUGAAAGACAAAUAAAGUGAAAUACUGGUAAUUAUUAAGAUGUCUUAACACUCUUCACAUGUAAGACUAAGGAAAAUCUGUCAAAUAAAAAAAUGUUGAAACCUG